AUGGCUGGCAGACGGCUGCUCGACGCGGCCAAGCUGUUCAAUGCGACGCGCGCCGUUGCCAAGCAGCACAUAGCUCUACGCUCGCACCAACUCGAUGUCUAUUCCCAGACCUCGUCCCUCGCCAGAGCCGUCAAAAACCAGACCGAUCGCGUCACCGUCACUGCUCGCGCCGCCAUUGCCCUGUCGCAACGCUUCAACGAACCCCCGCCGUCCUACACCCGCUCCGAACAAACCUCAGCCGAGCCCGAUGAGCAUGUUCCUCGCAGGAGUACCGUGAAGGGCGACGAUGCCCCGAUCCAGCAGAAGUCAGGCCUGGCCCAGGACCAUCACUAUGACCAAUCUGAACACAAUGCCGUGCACCAGCCUCCGCCCAAGGAUGAGCUGGACGUGACCCAGAAGGAAGCAGACAGACGGCCAUUGCCCGAUGGUACGAUACCAGCGGCCGACGCAGACCUGCGCUCCGGUUCAGAAAAAUUUGAUUUCUUCUCGUAUCGCCCUACCCCGGAGCCUGCGAAGGCGCCACUCGCGCAAGAAAAGUCGGCCGGUACGGAAAGCAUUCGGCCGGUUAGUUCCUCGGAGUCUACUAUACCAACGCCUGGCGGGCGGGAUCGUCUCUCGGCUGAGGAGGCGAGGAUACGCCAGCGGGAGGCGGAGUUUCAGAUCCCUGGCAGAUCGGCUGAUUCCGAGGGCAAUCUGACGACUGAGCCAAACGCGGAUACUUUCCAGUUUCGCUCAGGCAAGACGAGCCCAGAGCUCUCGUCCCUGCCGCGAGUCAAGCUUCCACAAGUCGCCGAGGCCGUGCAGGGAUCAAAAGAGGAGGUUGACGAUGGUGCGAUUAAUGCCGACGUCUACUACUCUGCUGAGAGCCAUGGCAAGCCGGAACCAGUGCCCAAACAACAAGCUAUUCCUGAACAAGAGGAGGUCCCUGAAGGCAUCAACCUAGAUGUGUUCCAUUCUCCCCGAGUGGCACGUAUGCUUGGCGCAAGGAAGCCCGGUCUCGAUCGCCAUAAGGAAUUGGAAAUGGAGUUUGCCCGCCCGACCCCCAUCGAUCACACCACACUCGCAGAGGGACAUGACCAGGAUACUUUCAAUGUGCGCAAUUCCGAUGCGACGAAUCCAGCACCCCCGCCACAGCCCGCUAAGGCAGUGGAGCAGAAAGAUUCUCGCGCAGAAAUCCAGAAUCUAGCAAGGGAAAUCGCGAAGGAUGCCGCGAACGCUCCUUCGACAGCAGAGAUCCCUCCAGAGAUAAGCGCGGAUGCCGAGAAGGCUGCUUACCAGUUAAGGGAGUCCCGCGUUCCCUCGUCCCGCUUCGGUAGGAUCUGGGAAUAUGCCGGUCUUGGAACUAGCAUGGCAUUUGGUGCCGUUGGCGAGAGCUUGCGCCGCGUUACCGGAGGAGCGGCGACGGGCGCUUCGUUGAUGCUUAGCGCUGGAAACAUGGAAAGGCUCGUGGCUAAGCUCUCGAGAAUGCGGGGCGCAGCUCUCAAGCUUGGCCAAAUGAUCAGUUUCCAGGAUAUCAAGAUGCUCCCUCCCCAGAUCCAUGACGUCCUGCAGAGAGUCCAAGACAGUGCGGACUACAUGCCUGCCUCUCAGCGCAACAAAGUCCUCGCAAGCAACCUUGGCAGCAACUGGAAAGACUUGUUCGAGUCUUUCGAGGAUGUUCCCAUUGCGGCAGCGUCAAUUGGUCAGGUGCACAAAGCUGUACUCAAAUCGAAUGGAAAGGCCGUGGCGGUGAAGGUCCAAUACCCCGGCGUUGCCAACUCGAUUGAUUCAGAUUUGAGCAACCUCUCACUUCUUUUGACGGCAUCACGGCUGCUGCCAAGGGGCCUAUUUCUCGACAAGACGAUUGCCAACGCGCGUACGGAGUUGGGCUGGGAAUGUGACUAUCUUCGUGAAGCUGAGUGCCAGGAGCGUUUUAGAAAGCUUCUGGCUGAUGAAACAGACACGUUCAGGGUGCCGACCGUUGUGCCCGAAGCUUCGGGCAAGGAGGUGCUGACGGCAGAAUUGAUGUCCGGCAAGGGCGUGACAAAGCUCUCUUCAAUCAGCCAGGAAGAGAGGGACUGGAUCGGCACCAACAUCCUACGACUGUGUCUGCGUGAAUUAGUCGAAUUCCGCUUCAUGCAAACGGACCCCAACUGGACCAACUUCCUGUACAACGCACAGGACAGGAAGAUUGAACUGCUUGACUUUGGGGCUUCCCGCGAUUACCCGCUGGAGUUCACCGAGCCAUACGUCAAUGUGCUCAUCGCAGCUUCUCGCAACGACCGCAACACAAUCCGCGAUCUUUCAAUCCAGCUCGGCUAUCUCACCGGUGCAGAAUCCUCAGCUAUGCUGAACGCACACAUCGACUCGGUUCUCACGCUGGCGGAGCCGUUUACGGCGGACAGCCCGGCAGUGUACGAUUUCAGAGACCAGACCAUCACCGACAGGGUGCGAGGGUUUAUUCCCACUAUGGUUCGCGAGCGUCUAGCGCCGCCGCCGGAAGAGACGUACUCGCUGCACCGGAAGUUGAGCGGGGCUUUCCUGUUGUGUGCUCGACUAGGCAGCAGGGUGCCAUGUCGGUCGAUGUUCGAAGAUGCUGUUCGCAAGCACGAGGAGAUGAAGAGGCGGGGUUAA